GCUCCACAGACAGCGUAUUAUUGGCCAAAUUUCAUCAGUGAAGAGGAGGAAGCCCUAUUGUUGGAGAAGAUAUAUGCUAGUCCAAAGCCUAGAUGGACGCAACUGAAUCAUCGAAGACUACAGAACUGGGGAGGUCAUCCGCAUCAAAAUGGCAUGAUCCCUGAAGACAUUCCUCAUGCAAGUAUACUCUCCCUUGGAUGGUUAUUCCAAUAUUGCAACAGGGUCAAGGAGACAGGGAUCUUUGAGAACAGGGAUCCAAAUCAUGUCCUCAUCAAUGAAUAUCUGCCUGGUCAGGGAAUCAUGGCACAUUUAGAUGGUCCAACUUUUUGGCCUGUAGUGGCCACAUUGAAUUUGGGAAGUCAUACAAUGCUGGAUUUCUACCAUCCCAUCCCUGAUGCCUCAACUACUCAGGUAGAGGAUCGCUAUUUAGGGAGCCUCUUGUUGGAAUCCAGAAGUCUUUCAGUGCUCUGCCAUGACUUUUAUAGCAAAUACUUACAUGGUAUCAAAGAAACAAUCUCAGAUCCUGUGAAAGGAGAGAAUGUGAUAUGGAACUUGUCCAGGACGCAGGCACUAGAAGGAGAGUGCCUCCAGCGCAGGACUCGCAUCUCUCUCACCAUCCGACACGUCCCCAAAGUUCUCAAGACACGACUCAGGCUUUAAACUCCACCUUUCAAACUGCAGAAAAGCAAUGCAUAAAUUCUAUGAGC